CGGCCUGCAGCCUCCGCCCCGCCCUGCACGGGCCCCAGCGAACCCGCCAGCUCCGCUCCGCUGUCAACGCCCUCUUCCGCCUACCCCUCUGCCCCGCCUCUCGACGGGUCACGUGUCCCGGCGCGCUCCGCUGCGUUUCCGGCUCGCUUGCGGCUCCUGGCAGUGAAGAAAUGAACCGAGGGAUGAUGCUGAAAUUGGAAAACCUGGUCCAGUUACAUUGUGCUUGCAGACAGCUGCACAGUCUUUCUUACAGGAAAAUUCACAGAACACAGUGGAAGCCUGUGAAGUCAUCCACAUACCCCAUGCGGCCAAUUCAGCCGCACCCACAGCUCUGGCAAACAGACACAUUCAUCAGUGUUGUGCUCUCACAAUAUAGGCUUUUAGCUACAAAGGAGGGGAAAAGACCAGGGAAACAGAAAUUGCCACCAAUAAAACCUAAAAUAGAAAGGCAGGAGGUAGAGAUACAGCAGAGGAUGACAGCUGAAGAUCUUGCAAGAGCUAUGGAUAAAGACAUAGAUCAUGUGUUUGAAGCCCUGCUACUCACAGGCAUUGACCUAGACUCACUAGAACCAGAUUCUGUUUUGGAAGAAGUCUGGAUCAAGGAAGUUGUUAAAAAAUCAGGGAUGAAGUACAAAUGGGCAAAAUUAAAACAAGAAAAAGUCAGAGAAAAUAAAGAUGCUGCGAGAAGGCCUCCUGCUGAUCCAGCUUUAUUAACCCCAAGGCCUCCAGUUGUUACUAUAUUGGGCCAUGUUGAUCAUGGGAAAACGACUUUACUUGACAGUCUGCGAAAAACUCAAGUGGCAGCAAUGGAAGCAGGAGGCAUCACCCAGCAUAUUGGUGCCUUUCUUGUAUAUUUGCCUUCUGGGGAAAAGGUAACUUUUCUUGAUACUCCAGGACAUGCUGCCUUUUCAGCAAUGAGGGCAAGGGGUACACACAUCACUGAUAUUGUCAUAUUGGUUGUAGCCGCAGAAGAUGGAGUAAUGAAACAAACAAUAGAAUCUAUUCAACAUGCUAAAAAUGCCAAAGUUCCUAUCAUCCUUGCCAUAAACAAAUGUGACAAACCUGAAGCUGAUCCUGAAAGAGUGAAGAAAGAAUUGCUGGCUCAUGAUGUGGUUUGUGAAGAGUAUGGGGGUGAUGUUCAGGCUGUACAUAUGUCUGCACUUAAGGGUGAGAACCUGAUGGCUUUAGCAGAGGCAACUGUUGCUCUAGCAGAGGUUUUGGAACUGAAGGCAGACUCCACAGGCCUAGUAGAGGGAACCAUAAUAGAGUCUCGCACAGAUCAAGGAAGAGGUCCAGUAACCACGGCCAUAAUUCAGAGAGGAACUCUGAGAAAAGGAUGUAUUCUGGUUGCAGGUAAAAGCUGGGCAAAAGUGCGCCUGAUGUUUGAUGAGAACGGCAAAACAGUAGAUGAAGCCACUCCCAGCAUGCCGGUGGAAAUUGUGGGCUGGAAGGAAAUCCCUUCAGCCGGAGCUGAAAUCCUUGAAGUAGAAUCUGAGCAAAGGGCACGUGAAGUUGUUGACUGGAGAAACUAUGCUGAACAACAGGAGAAGAUCAAACAGGAUAUGGAAGUUAUUGAAGCAAAGCAAAAGGAACACAAAGAUGCAUACAGGAAAGAGCGAGAGAGCCUAGCCAAUCUGACCUGGAGACAGAGAAAAGCAGCGUUAUAUAAAACCAAUAAACAUCUAAUAGCUAUGAGGUCUAAAGAGAGAGCGGAGAGUGACAGAAACGUGCUACCUGUAAUUGUUAAAGGUGAUGUAGAUGGUUCCACUGAGGCCAUUCUAAACAUUCUGGACAGCUAUAAUGCCAACAAUGAAUGUGAAUUGGAUGUGAUCCAUUUUGGAGUAGGUGAUAUCAGUGAAAAUGACAUAAAUCUUGCUGAAACAUUUCAGGGUGUCAUAUAUGGAUUCAGUGUGAAUGCAAACAAAUCUGUUCAGCAGCUGGCUGCGAAAAAGGGAAUAAAAAUUAAACUUCACAAUAUUAUCUACCAUCUUAUUGAAGACUUGAAAGAUGAGUUGAGCAGCAAAUUGCCCCCAUCUGUAGUAGAGCAUAUAAUAGGGGAAGCCUCUGUUCUCGCUACCUUCUGUGUCACAGUAGGAAAAAGCAAGGUUCCAGUGGCUGGCUGCCGAGUACAAAAGGGGCAGUUAGACAGAAAGAUGAAGUUUAAACUAAUUCGUAACAGAGAUGUUGUUUGGAAAGGAUUUUUAACCUCACUGAAGAACCAUAAAGAUGAUGUCCAGGUAAUAAAAACUGGCAUGGAUUGUGGCCUCAGUUUGGAUAAGAACAUAGAGUUCAAUAUUGGAGAUGAAAUUAUCUGCUAUGAAGAAAAGGAAGUUGAACAGACAAUUUCAUGGGAUCCAGGAUUUUAAAUAAUUUUACUUCACUUGAAUGUAAUGGAGAAAAGGCCUUGCAUUAUUCCUGAUCACCUUUACAGAAUGUUCUUAUGUUAAAGACACUUACAAAGAGGCUUGUAUUGUAAGAAUUUAUUGGGUUCUUAAUGGGGGUGUCAACAGCUGAUAUUUCAAAAGUAAAAGGAUUUGUUUUAGGGGCUAUGAAUAACAGGGGUGGCUUCCUCACUGCUGCAGGAUUGUGCCAGCUUUGUAGACCCAUGAGAUCACACGACUCAGGAAAGCAUAGGAGCCAGCAUGGCAGUGUUAACUCCUUGGGGACAGAAGAGAAUGUGCUAGAAUGACUCCUAGCAUGUUUCAGAUAUGACUAAAAAGUACCUUUCUAGGAAGGAAAGGACUAUUUCAGGUCACUGUAAUACUGUUUGUAUUGGUAACAUCGUUUGGCUGAUAGAAAUAAUUCACCUGUUAAAAUAUUAUCUGAAAAGAAUAAAAUGGCUAGACAAACACAGAAGGAACCAUUAGUGUACUGUCACUACAGCCUUUGAGAAAACAAGUGACUUUAUAUGAAAGGUUUGGCCUUCAUUUCAAUACAGGCUGAUCCACCAGAUGAUUUCAUCUAAGAUUUGUGACUCAUGUUUGCGUGGCAUAAGGUGGUCUGAUUAUUAGAGCGAGGGCAAGGUUCUAUCCCUGCUUUGGUAGACUUGCAUAUUUUGAAUGCCUGAAGUUAGAUAUCUGCAUUUGAAGUGCCUCUGCCUUAACCAUGUUAUGCUAUUUCCCCUCUGUAAAAUUAGGAUAAUAGCAGCUACAUCUCAGAUGUUAAGUAUCAGGGGGUAGCAGUGUUAGUCUGUAUCCACAAAAACAACAAGGAGUCUGGUGGCACCUUAAAGACUAACAGAUUUAUUUGAGCAUAAGCUUUCUUGGGUAAAAACCUCACUUCCAUCUGAAAUGAGGGUUUUAUCCACUCCUUGUUUUAUCUCAGAAGUUGUGAUGUUAAUGUUUGUGAUAUGCUUUGUGGCCCUUAAAUAUGCUUUGUGGUACUUAAAUGCCAAGUAAUUAUAUUAGUGAUUUCUGCCACUGUUUGCGUUAUUGUGGUGUAUAUAUUUAAUGCUGUUCUGUGGUUGCUGCUAGAGCUCUUUCUGCAGUUCCCUCCUAAAACUGUCUCAGAACGUUAGACUUGUACCCAGAACUGUGUUGCUGUCUAUGGAUAUUCAUUUUACUAUUGUAUUACCAUGGAAAGAGUUCAUCUAGCUCCUCCUGGCCUUUUGCUGCUCCUAGUUAGUUUAGAUGCAGGCAUCUGCUGGCAAGCAUAGGGGGGCAGUGGCCUGCUCUGUGUCAUCUUGAAGGGAUUUGUGUUUUGUCUUGACUAGCCCCUAGCCAGUCACCUGAGUGCCAUGCAGGGGGAUGGAGCAGGGCUCUUAUUUCCAGGUGACCCCUAGCUCAACUAUAGGAGUCUAGAGAAAAGACAAGGGAACCCCCCUGGUUCCCCACCCCCUCCAUGCGCCGUGGACAAGAGAGUGAAGAUCCCAGCUGCUGGUUCCUUUGUGUGGGAAGGGGACGCUCCUGUUACUGAUCUCCUGUACCCUGCACAGCAAUGCAAAAAAGAGGAGGUACUGCCCUCAUGCCAAAGUUAAACAGCAAAAUUGCUGCUGACUCCCCCUCCACCCCUCCCUUUGCAGGGCCAGUGCAGAGCAUGCCUAAAAGCUUGCCCCACAGCAGUAAACAAGCCAUGUACAAGCAACUAUCACCAAAACUGAGGCUCAAAAUCCUAUCAGACAAAACAACUUAAUUUUUUUUCCUUAGGGGUUGUGUGAUGUGACUUUUUUUAAAAUAAAUAAAAUCUUCAUGGUGUCUAAUUUAGUGAUAUUCCGUGAGCAGUACAGCAAGCUUCUGUAAGAGUCUAGUUUGUAUGAUGACAGAUAAGACCAUAUUUAAUGUGCAAACUGUGGCAAAUUUAAAGAAAAACCCAGUCACUUGAAUCACCUUGUCUUGUAUAUAAAAUAAUGAAAUUGACCUGUACUUUAAAAUGAAUGUUGCAUAGCUCUGGUCUACACAACGGGGUUAGGUUGAAUUUAGCCGCGUUAGGGUUGAUUUUAAAAUAACUGCGUCUACACAACCAACCCCGUUCUGUUGACUUCUGUACUCCUCCCCGGCGAGGGGAGUAGCACUAAAAUCGACCUUGCUGGGUCAAAUUUGGGGUAGUGCAGACACAAUUCAACGGUAUUGGCCCACGGGAGCUAUCCCAGAGUGCUCCAAUGUGACCACUCUGGACAGCACUUUGAACUCCAAUGCACUAGCCAGGUACACAGGAAAAGUCCUGGGAAAUUUUGAAUUUCAUUGCCGAUUUGUUUGGCAAGCUCAGCAGCACAGGUGACCAUGCAGUCCCCCCAGAAUCGCUAACGAGCUCCAGCAUGGACCGAAAGGGAGACACUGGAUCUGAUUGCUGUAUGGGGAGAAGAAUCUGUGCAGGCCGAACUCCGAUCAAAAAGGAGAAAUGCUAAUAUAUAUGCCAAAAUCACACAGGGCAUGGAGGAGAGAGUAUACAAAAGGGACACACAGCAGUGCCGCGUGAAAGUUAAGGAGCUCAGGCAAGCCUACCAAAAGACAAAGGAGGCAAACGGUCGCUCCGGGUCAGAGCCCCAUACUUGUUGUUUGUAUGAUCAGCUGCUUGGCAUUCUAGGGGGGGAACCCUACCACUACCCCACCACUGUCUGUGGACACCUACAACGGGGGAGUCUCACGCAACAGGGAGGAGGAUUUUGUGGAUGAGGAAGAGGAGAAAGUGCAGCAGGCAAGCGGUGAAUCCGUUCUCCCUGGUAGCCAGGACCUUUUCAUCACCCUGGAGCCAAUACUCUCCCAAGGUGGGAUCCCCGACCCUGAAGCCAGAGAAGGCACCUCUGGUGAGUACACAUUUGUAACUACAGUACAGGGUUUAAAAGAAUUGGGAUGCAUUCGCAGCCAGUACAGCUACUGGAAAAGUCUGUUAACGUGUCUGGGGAUGGAGCGGGAGUCCUCCAGGGACAUCUCCAUGAAGCUCUCCUGGAGGUACUCUGAAAGCCUUUGCAGAAGGUUUCUGGGGAGGGCUGCCUUAUUUCGUCCUCCACAGUAGGACACUUUACCACACCAAGCCAGUAGCAAAUAGUCUGGAAUCAUUGCAGCACAAAGUAUGGCAGCGAAUGGUCCUGGGUUUUGGUCACAUUCAAGCAACAUUUGGUCUAUAUUUUUCUGUGUUAGCUUCAGGAGAAUGAUAUCAUUCAUGGUCACCUGGUUGAAAUAGGGGAAUUUUUGUAAGGGAACAGUAAAAGGACCCCGUUCAUGCUGGGCUGUUUGCACUUGGCUAAAAGGGAUCAUCCCGGAGAAUAGUCAUGUGGCGGGGGGACAGUUGAAGGGAUCAUCCCAGAGAAUAGCCACGCAAUGGGGUGGAGGGAGGUCUGUGCUGCACAUCCACCCAAAAACCGCAGCCCCUCCUUUUAAAUGUGAAACCGAACCGGCAUUGCUUGCUUUGGGAAAGGAGGGCGCUGCAGUUUGAAACCAUUCCCACAUGUUAUGAAGGUGUAAGAAGCCAACCCCACGUACCAAAAGGCUUACCAUGGCUGCCUGGAAACCAAAUUCUGUUGCCCAGCCGUGUGUGAUGUGUCACCAUACUGGCAGGUGCUCAAUAUUAAAGGCAAAAUGCAACCUUGUACCUAAAGCACAUGUGCUGUCUGCUGUGAAUUGCUUGAUUCACUGUGGAAGAGUCUCCCUUUUGUUCUCAGAAAUGUAUCUUCUUAAAAGUCUACUCUCCCUUUUUAUCCUCCCACAGGUGCAAAUGUUUCUAUGCUCCCCCUAUCAUCUCCGUCCCUGAGGUUAUCGCGGAUUAGAAGGUGAAAAAAUGCACUCAUGAUGACAUAUUUUCCGAGCUCAUGCAGUCCUCCCGCAUAGCUUGAGGCACUCAGUGGCAGAGGCCAGGAAAGCAUUAAGUGACUGUGAUGAGCAGAGACAGGAGGCAAUGCUGAGACUAAUUGGGGAGCAAACGGACAUGAUGAGGCAUCUGGUGGAGCUGUAUGAGCACAGACCCCCGCUGCAUCCAUUGUACAACCGCCUGCCCUCCUCCCCAAGUUCCAUAUCCUCCUCACCAAGAUGCCCAAGAAUGCGGAGGGGGAGGCUCCGGGCAUCCAGCCACUCCACUCCAGAGGAUGGCCCAAGCAACAGAAGGCUGUCAUUCUAACAGUUUUUUGAUUUGUAGUGUCCUUGUCCUUCCCUCCUCCCACACCCCACCCGGGCUACUUUGUCAGUUCUCACUUUUUUUUAAAUAAAGAAUGCAUGGUUUCAAAA